AUGGCGGCUUCCCGUGGUCCGCUUCGCCUAAGAUGGACUUUACGGGUUUUGUCCAACACUCAUUCAGCUGUACGCAAAAUAGGUGCCUCAGCUUUCAACAGAAAUAUCUUUAGAGUAGUAUUAUCGACACAGAGACGAUUUUUUAGUGCAAAAGCACAGCCAGAAGAAGUUGACACGAAGGUGGAUUCACCAAGGAAUCUACUAGAAGUUUAUGAGGUAGAACCUACUUUACUGCAAGGUCCCAGGAAAAAGCCUAUUUCUCCAGAUUAUGUCGAACAAGAAAUUAAGAAAUCACGAAAAAUCCGAUCUAGGGUUCCUGUGUCUGUAAAUCCUGCGGAGGCUCAAUGGACUCCGGACUCUAAACGAGUUGGGUUGGUAGGAGUAAAGUUGGGAAUGUCUUGUUUGUGGCUCAAGGAUGGAACAAGGAAGCCUGUCACCCUGGUUGAGAUCAAGGACUGUCAAGUUGUUGCAACAAGAAUCAGCAGAGACCUCGGUGGUAGAGAUGAUUCAACAGAGCUUCAGGUUGGAGCAGUAGAAGAAACACAGCUGUAUAAUAUCAGAAAAUCUCAAUAUGGACACUUCAAGAAAUUUGGCAUUAAUCCAAAGAAAAAGGUUGCAAGUUUUCCUGUCACAGAAAAUGGUCUUCUUCGACCAGGAACACCCCUUUAUGCAGCUCACUUCUAUCCUGGUCAGCAUGUUAAAGUUCAAGGAGUCACAAUUGACUGGGGAUUUCAAGGUGUAAUGAAAAGAUGGAAGAUGAAAGGCCAACCAGCUUCUCAUGGCCAGUCAAAAACACACAGGAAAAUGGGAGCAACAGGAGGAGGGCAGGAUCCUGGAAGAAUCUGGCCUGGAAAGAGGAUGGCUGGUCACAUGGGAAAUAAUAGCUGUACAUUCAUCGCUGUUAAAAUUCUUCGUAUCAACACCAAGUACAAUAUUCUGUAUCUGCUGGGAAAUUGUCCAGGCAAAGAAGGAAGCUUCCUUACAAUCCAAGAUUCUUACAAGCCACACAACCACCCGCCUCCCUUCCCUACUUAUUUCCCUGAUCCCCAGGACCCCCUCCCUGAGGAUAUGUUUGCAGAUGACGUACAACAGUUCAAUGAGACUAUACUUUUCACCAAACAGGAUCAAGCUAGCAAAGCUUCACAGAAAAAUGCUUGAAAAUAUUUAACAACAGUUUACUGGUUGUUUACCAAGUCUAUGAGGGGUUUGCAAUCAGAACUAAGAACCAAACAACACCUAAUCACUGUGAAUAAGAAUGAUACAAACCAUGCAUUAAAAACAACUACAAGUAAGAUCU